AUGGCUGACAGUAAACGCGGUGUGCUUCAGCAUUGGAAAUGUCUCGCAGCGUGCUCUCUCAUAUCCAUGUCAACCGUUCCAGUAUUUGGAUAUGAAGACCCGAAAACCCCAAUCGGCUAUAAUAUAAGUGCUACUCGCCAACAGCUGAUAUCGUCCCUUAUGGUGCUUGGGGCAUUCGUGGGCUCUACUUCUGCAGGUGCCAGUAUAUCUGGCGAUCUAUUGGUGUCGCUAACAAGCCAGGCUUUAUAUCUGCCAAGAUCAGCUGCAAGCAGUCUCUUUGGAUUGCUAGCGUAUCGGUGGCCUCUACUUCGCCCGUCUGCUAAUCGGGCUUGCGAACGGGCUAUUCAUGACUUGUUCUCAGCUUUACCUGCAGGUGAAGGCGUUGUCCCAGAAGACAUAACUCUAUGGUUACUUAUUCUUUUAGGAAUGCUCCCUAGCUCGCUACCGCGGCAUGGUCACUACGAGGACGCUCGCAGGACUCUCAUGUGGCUGCGUCCAAAGGAAAGCAACAUUGAAGAGGAGCUUCGCGGCAUUGUCACAGCAAUCGAGGUCGAAAAGGAGAAUGGCCAGGGCAUUACCUUCUGGGACCUGUUCAGGAAUUCCGUCGAUCGACGACGUACUUUUCUGGCUAUUGCAGCUAUCACCACGCAAGCUGCAUCGGGAGCCAUCAUACGGUACCUAUUUUUUCGAAAUGGCAAGCAUCGGCGACGCAAUUCCUGCAUCUUGGUAGCAGUCGGUAUAGUUGUCAUGAUGAUCAACGCUCUCUUCAUCAGCAAGAUCGGUCGCCGUCGCAUUUUCCUAACAACUGGGUUAAUCCUCUGCGGACUCUGUCAGCUUAUUAUCGCUAUUAUCUACACAAAGGACCCGAGUUCAGAGCAGACCGGAAAAGCAAUCGUUGGCAUCUCUGUGAUCUUCAUCAUCGGUUACAAUGGAAUGGUAUCCACCUACGCUUGGGUAUCCGGCGGCAAGCUGCCAUCUCAGCGUUUACGCUCUUAUACUUUUGGGCUUGCUGCGGCCAUGGGUUUCCUCGGAGCUUGGCUCACCACUUUUACGGCCCCAUACUGUAUAAACCCUAGCGCACUCAACUGGGGACCCAAAUACGGCUACAUCUGGAUAUGCUCAUGUUUUCUUGCUGCUGCCUUCGUGUUUUUCUUCCUCCCUGAGGUCAAGAAUCGCACGCUCGAGGAGAUCGGCGAAAUGUUCGAGGCCCGCCUACACGCGUGGAAGUUUCAGAGCUAUAAGUGCAAGGGUAUCGAUCGUGUUGUUUUGGAGAAAAACGAUGAGGAGCUCGCGAGAGUUCCUGUUAAUGACCGAUCAAUUGUUUGUGGUGCAGUAUACCGAAAUCACAGUAAAUCCUAUUUCAGUUGA